AUGCGUACUUCAACCUCCCUCGCCGUAGCUCUCGCUACCCUCGGCGCCAGCGCCGACUCCAGCAGUACCACCCUCGGCCUCUUCUCCCCUCAAUGGACAGACGUCGCGAUCCCCAACCUAGGUGAUGGUGGAUCAGGCCUUGGUCACGACACUGUUAGCUUCUCGGCGAAGUACGUUGCUUCGACUUCUGGCGACUCCACAAGCUACGAUUACACUGUUACGGAAUCCUAUGAACGCUCCCUGCACUCUUUCACUGGCUCUGCUAGCUGUACUAUGAGUGCGGGCUAUACGGACUCGGGGGCUGGUGCUGAUGUCGACUACUCUACCUCUACCAAGGUCUCUUAUUCAACUGCCCCUACUGAGGAUUAUUACUACGCAUUGACUGUGACUGCGGGUCUGAAGUCGUUGACUGAGCCUGCGGCUACAGCUACCGGUGCGGCGGUUGCUGGUCCUGCUGGAGCUAUCGUUACUGCGGCUCCGGUUGUUAUGGCCGCGGUGGCUGCUUUGCUGUGA